AUGGUGCUGCUGCUGCUGGUAGCCAUCCCGCUCCUGGUGCACAGCUCCCGCGGACCGACACACUACGAGAUGCUGGGUCGAUGUCGCAUGGUGUGCGACCCCCACGCACCCCGAGGCCAAGGCCCCGACGGCGCUCCCGCCUCGGCGCCUCCCUUCCCUCCAGGUGCCAAGGGAGAGGUGGGUCGCCGAGGGAAGGCAGGCCUGCGGGGACCCCCAGGACCCCCAGGUCCCAGAGGGCCCCCCGGAGAGCCAGGCAGGCCAGGUCCCCCAGGUCCUCCUGGCCCAGGCCCUGGAGGGGCAGCGCCCCCUGCAGGCUAUAUACCCCGAAUUGCUUUCUACGCGGGUCUCCGGCGGCCUCACGAGGGUUAUGAAGUGCUGCGCUUUGACGACGUGGUGACCAACGUGGGCAACGCUUACGAGGCAGCCAGCGGCAAGUUCACCUGUCCCAUGCCAGGCGUCUACUUCUUCGCUUACCAUGUGCUCAUGCGCGGUGGCGACGGCACCAGCAUGUGGGCCGAUUUGAUGAAGAACGGGCAGGUCCGGGCCAGCGCCAUUGCUCAGGAUGCGGAUCAGAACUACGACUAUGCCAGCAACAGCGUCAUUCUACACCUAGAUGUGGGUGACGAGGUCUUCAUCAAGCUGGACGGUGGGAAAGUUCACGGCGGCAACACCAACAAGUACAGCACCUUCUCAGGCUUCAUCAUCUACCCAGACUGAGCCCAGCACCUUCCCGCACACUCUCAUUUGCCCGUCCCUUGGCCCCCUUGCUCCAAUCCACAUUCACCUCCAGCUAGCUCUACCCAAGGCCCCAUCCUCUGAGAGCCUGCGGACUCUCCUGCUCCCCAGGCUACCUAAAUGGGCGGAUUCUUGGGGCUCAAGGGUUUUAAGUGGCUGGGAGAGGUGGGAAGAGGAGAGCCGCUUAGGGAAGGACCACCUCAUUUGUGCUCCAAUGAAACCCUGCCACUGAGGGAUGGACGGAGGAGGUCACGGCCUUCCCUUCUGCCUGAUGCUGGGGAACAGUUUCACUAAUGGAGAUCAAAGACUCACAGGGAAAAGGGACGCGCCGGCAGCUUGGGAGGGAAAGGACUGAUGCGGGAGCCUGUCUAGGUGAGAGGAGACUCCGACACAGGUUAGAUACCGGACCUCAGUAGCCACUCUUUCCCUUCCCCUCCUGCAUCUCCAUUUCUCAGGCUCUAGCCUGGACAGCCUUCCCGUGAACGGGAGGACCCAACGACUUCCUUCCUAGCAUUGAAAACCCAUUUUGUACAGUCCCCGUUCCACCC